CAAACACGAGGCACAUUACUGCGGAGGAGGGGACAAGCCUGCUGUCAGCACCCACAGCACCCAGCUCAGCUUGCAGCUCGUACUGGGACGGUCACCUGUCCUAAGGCGUAUGUGAUGGGCAUGGGGUUUUCGGGACGUUGCCUCCUGUCCCUGCACAGCAACUGGGCUGGCUUCGCCACAGCAGGGCUCCUCAUCUACCUGGUGUGCCUCUGUGACCUGGUUGCUUCCGAGCGGGCUCCCCUCCGCCUGUCAGAUGGCCCGCACCGCUGUGCCGGCAGGGUCGAGGUCUUCUAUGAGAACCAGUGGGGAACGGUGUGCGAUGACCACUGGGACCUGAAGGAUGCUGGUGUGGUGUGCCGGCAGCUGGGCUGCGGCGCGGUGCUGUCAGCCUCCAGGGCCGGGCAUUUCAGGGCAGGGUCCGGUCGCAUCUGGCUGGAUGAUGUGAAUUGCACGGGGACGGAGGUCGCCCUGUCUUACUGCAGGACGAAGGGCUGGGGAAAGAACAACUGCCACCACGGCGAAGAUGCUGGCGUGGUGUGCUCAGACUCAUCCAGCUACCCUAGGUCCGUCCACAUUGGUCCUACAGAGCUCCGCCUGGUAAACGGCCCGAACCGCUGCUCUGGAAGAGUAGAGGUGAUGCAUGACAACCAGUGGGGAACCGUGUGUGAUGACGACUGGAGCUUUCCCAAUGCCAGAGUGGUGUGCCGGCAGCUGGGCUGCGGGAUGGCGGUCUCAGCCUAUGGCACAGCUCACUUUGGCCAGGGCUCGGGCCACAUUUGGCUGGACAACGUUCAGUGCAGAGGGACCGAAGCUGCCCUGUCUGAAUGCCUGGCCAGUCCUUGGGGUGCCAACAACUGUGACCAUACAGAAGAUGCCAGCGUCGUAUGCACAGGAGCAGGCACAGAUACAGGCACAGCCACAGCCACCAGCACACCAGCUCAUCUGCGCCUGGAGAAUGGCCCCAACCGCUGUGCAGGACGCGUGGAGGUGCUCCACAACCAUCAAUGGGGGACGGUGUGCGACAACGGCUGGAGCAUGGCCGAGGCGGUGGUGGUCUGCCGGCAGCUGGGCUGCGGGACGGCCACUUCAGCCCUGGGCUCGGCUCACUUCGGGCAAGGGUCUGGCAGCAUCUGGCUGGAUAACGUGAACUGCACGGGGAGAGAAGCUGCUCUCUCUGAAUGCCAGACCAGGCCAUGGGGAUCCAACAGCUGUGACCACCAGAAAGAUGCUGGCGUGGUGUGCUCAGACACGGACACUUCGGAGCAGCGCCCACUGCGGCUGGUGAACGGCUCGAACAGCUGCCUGGGGAGAGUCGAGGUCUUUCACAACCAGAAGUGGGGGACCGUGUGCGACGACACCUGGGACCUCCAAGACGGUGCCGUGGUGUGCAGGCAGCUGGGCUGCGGGGUGGUGCUGUCAGCACCGGGCUCAGCUCAUUUCGGGCCAGGGUCAGAUCCCAUCUGGCUGGAUAACAUUCACUGCACUGGGACCGAGUCUACGCUCACUGAGUGUGAGCUGAACAACUGGGGAGAGCACAACUGCGCCCACAGCGAGGAUGCUGGUGUGGUGUGCUCAGGCACAAACCCCUUGCAGGUGCGGGUGAAAGAUGGUCCUGGUCCCUGCGCGGGACGGGUGGAAGUGCUCUACGAAGCUACCUGGCACGGGGUGUGCAGCACUGGCUGGAGCCUGCUGGAAGCCGGCGUGAUCUGCAGGCAGCUGGGCUGCGGGCCAGCCCUGUCGGCGCCCGUCGGAGCCCAGCAAAGCCGGGGCGACGGCCAUGCCUUGCUGGAGGGGAUGAGCUGCCAGGGGACUGAGUCGCUGCUCCUGGAGUGCCAGCAGAGAGAGAUGGGUCUGGGGCCAUGCAAGCAGGGCUCGGCAGCCACUGUGGUGUGUACAGAGCAGAAAGAUGUCAUACAGUCCUGCUCGGUGCUGGCAGGCCUCCUCGGCAUGGGGGCAAUGCUCUGCGGGACCCUGUUGGUCCUGUACCUGUGGAUGAGGUAUGGAAGAUGGGCUGGACGCUCCCCAGGCGCAGCCGCUGAGAGCCCAGGGGGGUUCCUUCGCCUGGUGGGUGGCCCUGGCCGCUGUGCCGGGCGGGUGGAGGUGCUCUACAACGGGACGUGGGGCACAGUGUGCGACGAUGGCUGGGGUUCCCCCGAGGGCCGAGUCGUGUGCCAGCAGUUGGGCUGCGGGACAUUGCUGUCGGUGGCACCAGGAGCUCGGUACGGAGAAGGGACGGGACAGAUCUGGUUGGAUGAGGUCAACUGCACUGGGGAGGAAAGGAAUCUCUCUGAAUGCCAAGCCAAGCCAUGGGGGGAACACAACUGCAACCACGUGGAGGAUGCCAGCGUUGAGUGCUCAGAAUCCAGCAUCACCGCCCUGGGCACCCUCCAGCUGCUCAACGGCCCCAACCGCUGCGCUGGGAGGGUGGAGGUGCUCCACCACCACAUGUGGGGGACAGUCUGUGACGACGGCUGGGACCUGGUGGACGCGACAGUGGUCUGCCGGCAGCUGGGCUGUGGCACAGCGCUGUCGGCCACCAGAGGGGCUCACUUUGGGAGGGGCCACGAUCCCAUCUGGUUGGAUGAGGUGAACUGCACUGGCACCGAGGACACCCUCUUUGACUGCCGGGCCAACGCGUGGGGAGACAACAACUGCUUCCAUGGGGAGGAUGCUGGAGUGAUAUGUUCAGCUUCAGGGGUGUCCAUGGUCACUGAGCUCCGCCUGGCCAACGGUUCGACGCGCUGCGAAGGCAGGGUGGAGAUCACUCAUGACGGCACCUGGGCAGCCCUGUGUGAUGAGGGCUGGGGUCUGGCCGAAGCUCGAGUGGUGUGCAGGCAGCUGGGCUGUGGGAGACCGCUGUUGGCACCUGGCGGGUCGCAUUUUGGGCAAGGACCCGGGCAAAUGUGGCCCGACAGCGUGAGCUGCAUGGGUACAGAGACCGCCCUCUCUGCAUGCAAGGCGAAGCCCUGGAGCAAUGGCACUUGUCACCAUGGGAGAGCAGCUGGCGUGGUGUGUGCAGGUAACUCGGAGGGUGACCAGGUCCGGCUGGUGAACUAUGGCAGCCGCUGCGCUGGCAGGGUCGAGAUCUUCCAUAACAAGCAGUGGGGGACUGUGUGUGAUGACAACUGGGACCUGCUGGAUGCUGAGGUUGUCUGCCAGCAGCUGGAUUGUGGACGAGCACUGUCGGCCCCCAGGGGGGGUCAGUUCGGGCGCGGGAAUGGCAUCAUCUGGAUGGACGAGACGAAUUGCACAGGGAGGGAGAGCACAUUGUCUGCCUGCCGGGCCCGGCCGUGGGGCAUCAAUAAUUGCUACCACGGGGAAGAUGCUGGUGUGGUUUGCUCAGACUCAAUCAUCCCCGAGCCGGCUCAUCUGCGGCUGGCAAACGGCUCACACCGCUGUGCUGGCAGAGUUGAGGUGCUUCACCAGGAGGAGUGGGGAGCCAUCUGUGACCACGGCUGGGAUAAGCAGGAUGCCGAGGUCGUGUGCCGGCAGCUGGGCUGCGGGACGGCACUGCCAGCAUUGGAGGGGGCGGACUUCGGCUCCGGACCCCCACGCAUCUGGCUGGACAACGUGAACUGCCAGGGGACAGAGCCAGCCCUUACGAAAUGCCAGGCAAGCCUGUGGGGAGAGAGCAGCUGCAGCCACGGAAAGCACGCCAGCGUGGUAUGCUCAGGCUCGGCUGUUUCCAGCUUCACCCCAGUCCGGCUGGUGGAUGGCCCAGGUCACUGCGCUGGGAGGGUCGAGGUGUUUCACGAUGAGAAAUGGGGGACAGUGUGCGAUGAUAGCUGGGACUUCGCGGAUGCCAAAGUGGUGUGCCAGCAGCUGGACUGUGGGAAGGUGGUAUCGGCUCCGCGGCGGGCUCACUUCGGGCAGGGACAGGGACCCAUCUGGCUGGACGACGUGAGCUGCACGGGGACCGAGGCAGCCCUCUCCGAAUGCAGAGCCAAGGCCUGGGGUGUCCAUGGAUGCGAGCAUGGUGAAGAUGCCAGCGUGGUGUGCUCAGGAUCGGGCAUUUCUGACCUCGGAAGCCUCCGCCUGGUAAACGGCUCAGACCCAUGCUCUGGCAAAGUUGAAGUGUUUCAUGAUCAGCGCUGGGGGGGCAUCUGCACCGACGGAUGGGACCUGGCCGAAGCGCAUGUGGUGUGUCAGCAGCUGGGCUGUGGGGCGGCGCGCUCAGCCAUGGGGUCUACCCAGUUUGGGACAGGAGAUGGCCUGAUCUGGGUGGAUGCCGUGGAGUGCACCGGGACAGAAAGGGCCCUCUUCGAAUGCAAGGUCAAGUUCUGGGGCGCUGAGAGCUGCAAGUCGAGUGGGCAUGCAAGCGUCUCGUGCUCUGUGGCUGCAGACUUGGACCUGGGGAGUUCAGAAGCCCUGCGGCUGGUGAAUGGCCCACACCGCUGCGCCGGGAGGGUGGAGGUCUUUCACAGCCAGCAGUGGGGGACCGUCUGUGACGAUGGCUGGGACCUGAAUGAUGCAGCUGUGGUGUGCCGGCAGCUGGGCUGCGGGACGGCCGUGUCAGCCCCAGGUUUAUCUGGUUUUGGGCAAGGAUCUGGCCCCAUCUGGCUAGAUGGGGUGAGUUGCCUCGGGACAGAAGCCACCCUUGCUGAAUGCCCGGUCAAGCCUUGGGGACACCAUGCAUGUAACCAUGUGGAAGACGCUAGCGUUGUGUGCUCAGGCUCGGGAAUUGCCAACAGCCCCAGGCUUCGCCUGGUGGGUGGUUUAAGCAAGUGCGCCGGGAGGGUCGAGGUGUUUUAUAACAACGAGUGGGGGACGGUCUGCGACGACAACUGGGACCUGAGUGACGCGAUGGUGGUCUGCCGGCAGCUAGGCUGCGGGGUGGCCCUCUCGGCCCCCAGCUCAGCUCGGUUUGGGUGGGGAGCCGGCCCCAUCUGGCUGGACGACGUGAGCUGCACGGGGGAGGAAACCGACUUGGACAAGUGUCAAGCCAAGACACGGGGCAUCCACAACUGCCACCACGGGGAGGAUGCUGGUGUGGUGUGCGCAGCAGGCAACUCCAGCUCAUCCUACCUGCGGCUGGUGGACGGGCCACAUCAUUGCGCCGGGAGGGUGGAGGUGCUCAACGCCGGGCAGUGGGGGACGGUCUGCGAUGACGGCUGGGACCUGAAUGAUGCAGCGGUGGUGUGCAGGCAGGUGGGCUGCGGCAGAGCUGAGGCAGCCCCCGGUCGGGCUCACUUCGGGCAGGGGACGGGGCGCAUCUGGCUGGAUGACGUGACCUGCACCGGGAGCGAGGACGCCCUCGCCCAGUGCCGAGCCCGUCCCUGGGGCCAGACUAACUGCCACCACGGAGAAGAUGCCGGCGUGAUGUGCUCAGAUGCCAACAUCACAGAGGUGCAGGUCCGCUUGGCCAACGGCCCAAACCGCUGCGCUGGAAGAGUCGAGGUGUUUUACGAACACCAGUGGGGGACCAUCUGCGAUGACAGCUGGGAUUUGAAGGAUGCCAAGGUGGUCUGCCGGCAGCUGGGCUGCGGGACAGCCGUGUCAGUCCCGGACCAAGCUCACUUCGGGCAUGGGUUGGACCCCAUCUGGCUGGACAACGUGGAGUGCACUGGCAUGGAGACCACCUUCUCCCAGUGUGGCCUUAGGAACUGGGGACUCCAUAACUGCAACCACGAUGAAGACGCAGGAGUCGUGUGCUCAGGCACAAACCCCUUGCAGGUACGGGUGCAGGAUGGCUCCGGUCCCUGCGCAGGACCGGUGGAGGUGCUUUACAACGCUACCUGGCACGGGGUGUGCAGCACUGGCUGGAGCCUGCUGGAAGCCGAGGUGGUCUGCAGGCAGCUGGGCUGCGGGCCAGCCUUGUCGGUGCCCGUCGGAGCCCAGCAAAGCCGGGGCGAUGGCCAUGCCUUGCUGGAAGGGCUGAGCUGCCGGGGGACUGAGUCGCUGCUCCUGGAGUGCCAGCAGAGAGAGACAGGGCUGGGGCCGUGCAGGCAGGGCUCAGCAGCUGGCGUGGUGUGCACAAAGCCGAAGGGUGCUUCACCAUCCUGCUCGGUGCUGAUAGCACUGCUGGCCCUGGUGAUGCUGCUGAGCGGGGUCCUGCUGUGGCUCAACCUGAAGAGGAGGUGCAUGGCAGCAGCUGAGGCUGGAGCCCGUCAGCACCCCAGGGACCAGAGCACUUUGGCAACGUCCUUCCAGACCAUGGGGGCCAUCUACCUCCCCACCAAGGCAGAAGCCUCUGAGGACCCUGACACUGAGACAACGCAGCUCAUGACAGAAGACACUGCCCCAUGAUGCCAGCCCCCCCCAAGCUCGUGCCCCGGGGGUCACACUAGGCUCCCGCUGCCGUCCUUUUCCCUAAUCUGCCUUCCUGAAGACUGCAAAGCAGCAGCUGAUGGGCAGGACAUCUCAAAACCAGCCAGUACCAAUGACUUAUAUCAGGAGCCCUGAAAUAGCCAACCAAGGUGGGGGGGUGUUGCCCAGCGUGGUGAUGUUUGUUUAACCCACCUUCACACUCUCUGAGCAGCCCCCGUGGCUCAGGAGGAGCCCAAUGAACCUGGCGGCCAGUGCAAGGCUGAGCUAAAGGAGCAGAGGAGCAGAAGGAGGGGUGCAAACGAAUUAAAAGGGGGUCCCCAA